AUGCCAGCCAAAGUCGUCUACGGAAAGAAAAAAGCACACACAUCAAACACAAAUUUCUCGAAACUUCUGUCGCCAGAGAAAGAAAAAAUAAGCGCAAUUGCAAGCAUACGGGACGAUACGAACAGCGCAGAUCAGGAUUGGAGAAGUCAGUUGGAAUGUGCUGCGAGUGAGGGAGAUGCGUGGGGUCAGAAUGUGGAUGUGGAGGGCUUGGAGAAAGGGAUAGGGGGACUGAAGGUGCAGGGGGAGCAUGGCCGGGACAUGGAGGAAGGGGCUGUGGUGGUUAAUGAGUUAGAGAAGAGUAUGGGAAAACUUGCGAUUGGGGGAAGGGAAGAAGCGGUAUCGGAAGAUAUAGCAGAGGAAAGUAGCGUAGACGCGAAGAAGAAAAGGAAGAAGGAUGCGAAGCUCAGGAAAGAACUUGAGACGAGAGAUGCUCAUAAGCUGAAGGAAGUAGAUAUCAAAACGAGUGAAGAGAGUGAAGAGAAAAAUGAGGCCAGCAAAGACAAGGAGAGGAGAAGGAAGAGAAAAGGAAAGGAAGACGUGGGCACAGGGGCAGAUCUACGAAACACUCAAACCUCAACCUCAACUCCACAAAUUGACGCCAGAGUAUGCACACCCAGGCAAACACUGAACAAGUCGCAAAAGCCCAAACGAAGAGUCGAAUGCACACCUACGACGCGGCCUCAACCUGCUCAACUGCUUACGCCCGAGCCCACACCCGAUCCAGAAGACUUGUACACCGCUUAUGUAUCCCCCCUUCUCUCCCUCAGCGACCGAAAAUCCCUUAUCUCAUUCGAUUCCUGGGCAGCAGAAUUGGAGCCACACUUUUCAAUUUCAAAGAUUGCCGAAGCUUCCUUCUCAGAAGUGUACCGCUUAUCCUCCACUUUGACCAGCAUCAAAGCAGAAUCCGUGCUCAAAGUUGUCGCUCUGAAAACACCACCAUCCGUCCCCUUCCCCUGCCAACUUUCAACGCGCGCGAUUAGGGAUCGCGAGGCGCAGCUGCAAAAAGAGCAAGAUGAACGCGCAGAAAAAGACCAGUACAAAUCUCACGUGUCUGACGUGCUGUCUGAAGUCCAGCUCCUACAGAACCUCACUCCAAUUCCUGGUUUCACAGUCUUUCGUUCGCUGUCAGUCCUUCAGGGGCGCCCAUCUAGCUCUCCAGCCUUCACGUCUGCAUGGCACACUUGGAACCGCUCGCGGCCCCGGGGCAAGAAAAGCGAAUUCCCCGAUCCUGCCAAGAAGUCGUCUUACGACGAUACACAGCUCUGGGCUGUCAUUGAAAUGCAAGAUGCAGGCACCGAUGUCGAAAAGCUCAUAGAAGCUGGCGGCCUGAAAAGUUUAUGGGAGGUGUGGGAUGUGUUUUGGGGUGUUGCGUGUAGUGUUGCCAAGGCGGAGGAGGGGGUACGUUUUGAACAUCGAGACUUGCAUCUGGGCAAUAUUUGUGUGAGAUCUGUGAAUGCAGAUGGCAAAACUGUUGCAAGGACAAGUACAAAUGCAGAUCUGAUGGAGCCGAGGAUAAUGAACCCGCUGAAGAGAAGAAUGAGGUUUUCUGGGUUGGAAACGACGGUCAUUGAUUAUACGCUCUCGAGGGCAGAUAUCGUCAAGGAUCAAUCUACAGAAUCAUCACCGAUGAAGAACAGCGUGGCUAGGACAGAGGUUGAUGUAGCGUAUCUGGAUCUCGACGUAGAUCCAGCGCUGUUUGAGGGUGAUGCGAGCGAAGAGUACCAGUACGAGAUUUAUCGGUACAUGCGAGGAGCGGUUCUCUUCAAUAACCCACUACAACGGGAACCCACGUGCCUUCCUACCGCAGAAGUCGAACAUGGUAAUACACAGGAGCCCAGGGCUGAGCCUCGAACACCUACACGAUCCCCGAGGAAGAAUACCCAUAUUCGCUUCGACAGCAGCGACUCUGAAGAGGAUGUUAUCGCCGUACAAUCCCGUCGAUCAUCACGACAAACCAUACCCGAAACCCCAGAGACACAGACAUUGCAAUCGCACCCAGUACCACAACAACAUAGCAAGAACUCUUCCAACAAUAACACCACCACCACCAACGACAAAAGCCCCUGGCAAGCCUUCCACCCCCAAACAAACCUCCUCUGGCUCCACUUUCUCCUGCACAAACUCCUCGCCCACCUGCAAGCCCACAACGCAAUCCCAUCCCGUCUCACACCCGAACAGCUCUCCGCACCCAUUGUCAGCGCGACUACUGCAACUGACGAGCCGCUCGACCUCGCGCGCAUCAAGAAGAAGGCGAUGAAGCUGUACAAGGUUUUGGAGCGGGUGAGUGAGCUGCUGUGUCCGGUUGCGUUGGGGCGGGAGGGGGGGUUGGAGAGUGUGAAGGAGUUGGUUGUUCGGGCGUUGGAGGAGAGGUGGUUGGGGGUUGGGGAUGUGGAGGGGUGA